AUGCAACGACUAAGGAAUAUUGUGGCCUUAGCGUGCCUCGGCAACUAUGCCUGGAGUAUUCCGAUGCAACUGAAUCUAAAACAACGAGCCAAUGAGUGCUUUUACGAGACCUUGGAGGAAGGGGAAGCUGUGACUAUGAGUGUCUUUAUUCUUUCAGGAUCAGAAUUGAAAGCAACAGCAAGAUUGGAAGGGCCAAUUGCUCCAGCAAGUGUUGAAGAUCCAGGAGAAUUGUAUCGCUUGGAGCAAAAAUUCACAGCCCACAAUGCUCUAAUGAGUGUGAAUGAAAUGGUGGACUUUGAGCACAUGAACGAGUCUGAAGACGAAGAAGAAAUGUCAUCAGAUGACGAAGAACCAAUUGACCCCGAUGAUCCCGAUGCAGUUGAGAGGAAGCGAUUGAAGAGACAAAAACAACGAGAAAAAUUCCUUGAGGUGAAACGACAAAAGGAGAGAAGGAGAAUUGCUCAACACAAACGGAUUCUCAAAGAAGGAGAACCCGUCGUCUACACAGCACGUGCUCCAGAAGCGGGAUGGUAUCGUGCUUGUGUGGAGGCAACUUGGAACCAGGUCAUUGCAGAGUUUGAAAUGCGGAAACAAAGUAGAUUGGGAGCUGUUGACCAAGACGGUCAUGUGAUAACAUGGGAAUUGAAGGAGAUGCUUGAAGAAGAUGGAGAGUUGGAGAAAGACACCGCCGCACAAGAAGGGAUCAAGGAAGAGGAUUUCCAAUCAACCCGAGAAAAAGUAAAGGAACUCCGUCGCCUUUUGAACGAAAUUCAAGGAAUGCAGCAAAAGGAACGCCGCCGACUAGCUAUGCAUGCAGAGACAAACGAGCACUCUCAUUCCCGCAUGGUGCUCAGUUCGCUCCUGGAAACCCUCUUGUUUAUGGGUGUUACAGGAUACCAAGUGUACACGAUCCGUACCUGGUUCAGUGGUGCCCCGGCACUUGGAAGAUAA